AUGAACGCCCCGGCCAACCCGGCCCAUGGCAUCUUCGAGAGGUUCCUGCGUGCCGGGGAGUGCCGGGAGGUGCUGGGCUGCUUCAGGGAGCUGUGCCAGGAGCUGGGGCUGCAGGGCAGCGGACUGCAGCUCUACCAUGGCCUCAAGGCUGCCCUCAACUACUGGAGUGCCAAGGCCCUGUGGAGCAAGCUGGAUAAGAAAGCUGGGCACAAGGACUACGACCAGGGCACAGCCUGUGCCAGCACCAAGUGCCUGGUGGUGGGCGCUGGCCCCUGUGGGCUGCGGGUGGCCAUCGAGCUGGCGCUGCUGGGUGCCCGCGUGGUGCUGCUGGAGAAGAGGGAUUCCUUCUCCCGCAACAACGUCCUGCACCUCUGGCCCUUCACCAUCCACGACCUGCGGGCGCUGGGCGCCAAGAAGUUCUAUGGCCACUUCUGCACCGGCACUCUGGACCACAUCAGUAUCCGGCAGCUCCAGCUGAUCCUGCUGAAGGUGGCUCUGCUCCUGGGGGUGGAGGUGCACAUCCAGGUGCAGUUCAACGGUCUCAUCCCCCCAGUGGGCAAAGCGGGUGGACAGGGCUGGCGCGCUCUGCUGCAGCCCAGCUCCUCGCCCCUCAGCCACUACGAGUUCGACGUCCUCAUCUCAGCCGGUGGAGGCAAAUUUGUCCCUGAAGGGUUCAAGCGGAAGGAGAUGAGGGGCAAGCUGGCCAUUGGCAUCACCACCAACUUCAUCAACCGCCACAGCCGGGCCGAGGUGGAGGUGGCCGAGAUCAGCGGCGUGGCCCGAAUCUACAACCAGAAGUUCUUCCAGAACCUCUACAACAAAACAGGCAUCGACCUGGAAAAUAUCGUCUACUACAAGGAUGACACUCACUAUUUUGUCAUGACGGCCAAGAAGCAGAGCCUGCUCAAGAAGGGGGUCAUCCUCCAGGACAAAGCGGACAUCGAGAGCCUCCUCUCCCCAGAGAACGUGAACCGGGACGCCCUCCUCAGCUAUGCCAAAGAAGCUGCCAACUUCUCCACCAACUACUGCCUUCCCCAGCUGGAGUUUGCCCUCAACCACCGGGGCCUGCCGGACGUUGACAUGUUUGAUUUCACCUGCAUGACACGCUCGGAGAACGCGGCGCUGGUGCGGGAGCACAACGGGGUCCGCCUGCUCCUUGGGCUGGUGGGCGACUGCUUGGUGGAGCCUUUCUGGCCGCUGGGCACUGGUGUGGCCCGGGGCUUCCUCGCUGCCUUCGAUGCGGCAUGGAUGGUGCGGCGAUGGGCGGCCGGGACGCCCCCGCUGGAGGUGCUGGCUGAGAGGGAGAGCAUCUACCAGCACCUCUCCCAGACCUCCCCGGACAACACCAACAAGAACAUCAGCCAGUACAGCAUCGACCCGGCCACGCGCUACCCCAACAUCAACCUGCAGGCCAUCAAAGCCAACCAGGUCCGGGACCUCUACCUCGUGGGCACAGUGGAGGUGGACCACAAGAGGAAGAGUGACAACAGACUCAGCACUGUGGUCUCCAGAGGUGCCUAUGAGGACCUGCUGAGCUGGUGCCAGGCCAGCACGGCCGGGUACCGAGGCGUGGACGUGACCAACUUCACCACCUCCUGGACCAGCGGCUUGGCCCUCUGCGCCCUCAUCCACCGCUUCCGGCCUGACCUGGUGCACUUCGAGUCUCUGGACCCCCAGGAUCCCAUCCGGAACCACCAGAUGAUGCUGGACGUGGCGGAACAGGAGCUGGGCAUCCAGCCUGUCCUCUCCAGCAUUGAGAUGGCCACCAUGGCAGAGCCCGACUGCCUGGGGCUCAUCACCUACCUCAGCCAGUUCUAUGAAGCUUUCAAGACCUCACCAGAGGCAGAGGAGGUCACCAAGAAGUCGUUGUUUCCACUUGGUACACGAGGAGCCAUCCUCUUCCUCAGCAAGCAGCAGAAGAGCCGGAGCCUGACCCACAAGCGCGCCCAGGACAGUGCCCAGAAAGAUGCUGAGGCCAAGAGGAGCCGCAGGGAUGCUGAGCUGGAGACAGGGCUGGAUGCAGACAUGCCGGAUGAUGCCCGUGAGCCGCCACAAACCACCCCCAUGGACCCAGGGCAGCCAGCGGCCGCCCGCGGGGACAGCAGCGACGCCUGCUACUUCUGUGGCCGCCGCGUCUACAUCCUGGAGCGAGCCAGCGCCGAGGGACGCUUCUUCCACCGCGGGUGCUUCCAGUGCUGGCAGUGCGGGGCCACCCUGCGCCUGGGCGACUACGCCUGCGAUGAGCAGCACGGUCAUUUUUACUGCUCGCUUCAUUACCCCCAUCCAACCGGCAUGGAUCCGGCCCAGGAUGAGCCCCUGGUGCUGCCUGAUGGGGAUGCCGCUUGCAUGCCCUCGGAUGCUGGGAGCCCAUGUGUGUCCCCCAAGGAUGGUGUACCACCGGGUCCCCUGCAGCCCCCAGCAGCAGCGCCGCGGCUAGGGGAAGAGCGAGGGGCAGUGGAGGACGCUGUGGGUGAUGCUGGUGACAUGGAGCAGCAGGAGGAGCUGCUGGCACAGCCCAAGCAGGAUGUGAGAGAGGAUGAGGGUCCCAGCGCGGAGCCCAGACGGGUGGCAGAGGAGGGUGAGGAGGGUGGUGGCAGGAGGAAGAUCGUCCUCACGCCACUGGAGAAGCUCAAGCUGUCCACGCUGAACCUCACCAGUGAAGCAGAGCCUGAGCCACCACCGAAGCCAGCUCGUCUGUGGCUCCAAGCAGCACCUGAGGCCCUUCCUGCUCAGUGGCCAGCACAAGAUGCCUGGGAGGAAGAGCAGGAAGAGGAGGAGGAAAUGGCCAUGGAGGAAGCUUUGGAGGAGAGUGAGAGUGAGGAGGAGGAGGAGGAGGAGGAGGAGGAGGAAGGCCCGAACCUUGGCAUCAGGGUGGAGUCGGGCCUGGACCCGGGGGAAGAGGAGAAAUACCCCACCUGGAAGCGCACCCUGACCCGCCGGGACAGGGAAGCCCAGAUGAAGCGGUUCUGCAAAGCCCAGGCCAUCCAGAGGCGGCUGGAGGAGAUCGAGGUGACAUUCCGGGAGCUGGAGCAGCAGGGCAUCAAGCUCGAGAAGUUACUCCGGGAUGAGGGUGGCACCCCGGCCGACCAGAAGACGCAGUGGAUGAACCAGCUGCUGUACCUGGUCCAGAAGAAGAACAGCCUGAUGUCUGAGGAGUCAGACCUCAUGAUCGCCGUGCAGGAGCUGAAGCUGGAGGAGCAGCAGUGCCAGCUCGACCAGAAGCUCCGGGGCUACAUGAACAAGGAGGAAUCCCUGAAGACACCCGAGGAUCGUGCAGCCGAGCAGGAGAUCCUGGUGCAGCUGCUGGACGUGGUGAACAAGCGCAACGUCCUCAUCCACAUCCAGGAGGAGAAGCGGCUCAGUGAGCUGCAGCCCUGACUCAUGUGGCCUCAGGACACACGGGUUCCUCCCGCGGGGGGACAAGAGGUGUCCCCCCAGCCUGGCUCAGCAUCACCUCUGGAGGUGAUGCCUGAGGUGCUGUGGUGAAUCCAGCUCCCUGCUUGCCAAAGCUGCCAUGGAGAGGUUGGACCCAUUGGUGGAUACCUGUGUAGGGAGACACCGGGGAGCACCCUGGCUUGGGGGUGCAGAGAGGGUUUCCCCACGCUUGGCUGGAUUGCCUUUGCCUUGAGCUUGCUUGAGAACAAGAUCUGCAGGAGGCUGCAGGACACAGGCA